UUUACGAGUUGUUUCGCGGUUUACAAAUAUUUAUAUUUAUAUUUAUAUUUUUUAGUACACAAGCGCCCAUUUUAAAUUAUCACACAUUUCUAGUUAAUUAUUAUAUUUUUGUUUGCCUGCUGCGAAUUCCGCGACAUUCCAAUCUGACAGCAACAAAAGAGAAAGCUUAGCGCGCAGCCACGUCGAAUUCAAAUUAUAACAAGCGCGCCGGUGACGCGUCCACAACUUAACCAGGCUGUUAUUCCACAAACUUGGCAUACAUACGAAACCAUGGAGCUUCCCGGACGCCCACAGGCCGAAAUAAGCAACAGAACAUGGCAAACAACCGUUGCGCUGCGGCCAGGGGCUUGCACUAUUGUCGACUGGACCGCCAACGCCACAACCGAGGAUAAAGGCGCAGCGGAAGCAACCGCCAAUGCCGACCACGUGUCUGAUGAAGCUUCCGAAAGUGACGGGUCUAUGGAGGACGAAAUUGGUGGAUAUGCUAGUGGCACGACAGCCCUGCCACCAGCCAUCGCCAACGAUCCCUUUUUCGCGCAACUACUGAAGAACGCCGAGCUGCGCGACGCGAAAGAUAAGAAAAAAGCGGCGAAGAAGAGACAGAGCAGGAAGGCUAAGGACAUUGCCGAGGACAACUACGAUUUGGACGAUCCCUUCAUUGACGACAGCGAGUUGACGUUUAUGGACGGACACAAUCACACACAGAAGCAGCAGCGGAAGAAGCGGCGAAAGAAGGACGAUGGAAAUGCCACGGAAACUGAUGGCCAGGACGCGGUGCCUGCGGAACCCAUUGGCGCCAUUUCAGGCGUGGACGAAGGCCAUGGGGUCAUAGCGGAGGAUGCGGCUGGUGGUCAUGACGACGAUAGGCUGGAUGAAUUGGACAUGGACGACAUUGAUGCGUAUGACGAGGACGAUUUCUUUGUUUAUUUUGGCCCGCUGAACGAGAUGGUUGAGGGCAGCGCUGCGGAGGAAGAGCCAUUUGAGGAGGAGCCUGCGGGCAAAAAAUUGCGCUCGCGGAAACGUCCUGAAAAGAAGCAGCAGUCACUGCACCUGGCAAAGGACAGUACGCAAAGCAGGCGCAGGUCAAAUGGGGCAUCGGCGUCCAAACACGAUACCACAGAGGCGGCUGCAAAGAAGAAGACCGAGAGCAAGGCCCAACCGCAGCAACCCCAACCCCAACCGCAGCAGCAGCAGCAGCAUCGCCGAAGUGGCAGCACUGGUUCUGUGGAAGUUAGCACAGCUCCUCCCGUCGCAGCGACAGACGCUAGCCUUAUACCGUCUAAUGGCAGAAAGGCGGGUCCACGCACAAGUCGCAAGCUUGACCAGCAACCAAAGGCAAGCACUGUGGCUGCUGGCACUGCUGAAACAGAUGGUCUGCCACAGCCUGUGCGGAAUUGGCGCCCCCCCGUGCCGGCGCGUGACAAGAAAGUUUCGGAAUUGUCAGCUGCUGCAUCAGCAAGUGCGGGCAGCUCCAAAUACCCUGAUGCUACAAUUGCUGAUGCUGGAGCGGCGGCCAAUUUCACUAACGAGGAAUCGGCGACACAGGGCUAUGUACGUGGGAGCACACCCUCGGCCGGCGGCGGCGGCACUGCAGGUUCAGUUGCGCCGGAGGACACAAAGGCAGCCAACGAAGCACGACUCCCCACCCACGAAAUCGAAGACGCGCUGAUAGAACUUACACAAGCAACAAAGAGCGAGGCGUUUUCCAAUCGACAGCGGUUUCCGUCGUCGCUCAAGCCGCCACUGCGCCAAGUGUGCGAGUUAUCCAUGGCACGUGCGCUCGAAUACGACCGGUCGGUCCUGUCGCUUGACACACCCGAGCACCACGUAUUUGCGUGGAGCACGCCGCUGGACAUUGUCGGCUUUACCAGCGGAAUAUACUAUCGCCUGGCAGACACGCUGCCAUACAACCGAGCGACCAUGCGCAAGAUCGUCAGCAAGCUCAUGGGUGCCGACCUUAUCACAUGGAAGGACCGGCAACUGAAGCAGAUUGAGGAUGGGCUGAAGGCGCGCAUCGACGAGCAGAUUGAACGCGGGCUUGGCUGGAUACCUGUGGGCGCUCGUACAGCGAGCAAGGAUGGCGACAAUGGCGAUGCUGGCAUCGCACAAAUGCGUUGGCACUGGACGACGAUCAGCAAGCAUAUCUUGUACCAGUACAUGAUUUUGACCCUCAACAUCAAUGAGCUGCGCAACCAUCUGGAGCAGAGUCUUGGAAAGGACGGCUCGUAUCGCGAGCAGCAGGCUCGCAAGGACGCAUAUGCGCACUUGGUCAACCUUUGGCCUGGCUCAGGCAUGUCCACUUACGAGAUCAGCCGCGCGUAUAGUAGUCGCAAGUCGCUUCUUGAAAAGCAGACCAAAAAGUCCGACCCCACGAUGGGCCAGCCGCGCACUGAGGCCAGUACUAUCGGGGUUGUUGCUUCGGAUCCAACGGAAUCUUUGCCAAAAUCGGCUGAUUCUGCUGCCUAUUUGAGUUCACAAGUUCACUCGCAUGUGACCCCAGAUCCACCAAAAGCCAGCUCACCAUACGACAAUAAUCCGGUAGCUUUUCUGAAGCAGGCUUCGCCAUACUUCCAGCAAACGUCGCCCAUGCCGGUCACUUCACCAGCAAGAGAGCCCUAUGUUUGCCAUCAGUCGUCUCCUUUUGAUGAUGGCGUGUUGUUGCAGCCCCAUCUGUCCCAAGUCCCAAUGCGACGUAACCUGGGGUUUUCGAACCCGCUGGUUGAAUCGACGCUGGAUCAGCAGGUACGCAGCCAUGUUUCCUCGUAUUAUGCCUCGGACAGCGAGCAACAGCAGCAACAACAACAGCAGCAGCAGGGUCCAGAUGCCAAUGAAGGCGAGGAUAACAACAGCCAGAGUUCUAGUCGAUACAGUAUGAGCGUGAAGAACCUGAUGUCACCAUAGUCGAUGCGUGUUUUGUUUUGUUUUUAAAUUUAUUGGAUCAAGAAUCGAAUUAAACUUGGACCAUUCAAUCGUCA